AUGGGGGUGAAGAAUCUGUGGGACAUCCUCGAAUCAUGCAAAAAAAUUCUUCCUCUCCAUCAUCUUCAGUAAGUGUUAUCGAGGCCAGGGUGUUUAGGCUUGGAAUUUGCAUCUGCGGCUGAUGCACCUAUUUCUACGUAUACUUUUUUCUGUUCUUUCCGUCCUGCUCCAGGAACAAGAGGCUGUGCGUGGAUCUCUCAUGUUGGAUGGUUCAGUUUCGUCACGCGUGUAGAUCCCCGGCCUGCGUGAGAGAUAAGCUUUACCUGCAGAGCCUCUUCCACAGGAUCAGAGCUCUCGUUGCUUUGAAUUGCAGCCUCAUUUUUGUUACCGGUACGUUAUAUAUUUAUUUAUUUUUAAUUUUGCCUUUUUCUCUCUGUCACACUUCCGCUUUUCUGAGGUUUGUUCCUGGGAAUUGGACGUGAGCGUAGUCCUCGUUUCCUCUUCGGUUAACUGAGGUCAUCCAUUCUCCCUUCAGCUACUACGAAUUGUUUUCUAAAGAGAACAGCUCUUGAUAAAUGCUUUUGCGUCGAAGGUACCUUUUCUGGGGAGUUCAAUCAGUGGCAAAUGCGUCGCUAGUGACUCGGGAUAGUGGAAGAGUAAAUGCAAUAAAAAGGUUUUACGCGCUUGGGCAUGGUUCUGAGACUGGCAUUGGGAUGCGGCCAUUCCUAUUUGUAAGAGAGAAAAUCACAAACAGUAGAAAUGUACUGGGAAUAUUAUGCGAUCUUUCCUUGAUACAUAGGUAAGAUGCACGGGAGACUCAUGAAAGAAUACGAAUGCGCAACCUCCGAGAUGGGAAACAUAAGUUUUAUGUCAGAUAGCUGGACAGCGCCGUCAAAAGCUGUGUUACAGGCGCAUAUGCUUUCCAAAAAUUUCAGGCAGUCACAGGAAAUGUUUGAGGGAAAGGAACACAUUUCAAUUCUGUCAAUCAGAGGGAAUUUCGAGCCCUUUUGAUUUUUUAGCUUUACUCCUGAACUUCUUACGGCGCGGUUCUGGAGAAUCGCUAAGGUAGAUGGCAAUCUCUGCCUAAGGAUCACCGUAGGCAAAUACAUAAACAGGAAGGCUAUCAGUACUUCUCUCAUUUCUCCUGUCUUGAAGAACAUCCAGCUGGUAGAAUGUUUGGAAGUUGGAGUCAUAUUUGUGGCUAAAUGUGAUUGAAAAGCAGGGAUCUUAAUAGAUAAAUUAUGGAGAGAUAUCCCCUCCGUAUCAUCCAGAAUGUUUUCUACGCUGCAUGUAAAUUGGAGUUGUUAAAUGUCUUCGAAAUAUGCAUCGAGAGAACUCAACUCUUUAAUACUACAAGAUUUGUGUGCUUAACAUAAGGAGAUGGUUUUAUGUGUUAAGACCGCUGUGUUGAUUAUCUUUUUGAAAGUUACUUAUCUUUAUUAUUUGGUACCCCGUAAUAGGAGAAUACAAGAUUAAGUCGCUGUUGAGUUUCUCCAUAUCUCAUCUUGAUUGUACUUUCUCCGUUGUGUCUGGUUUUCUGAUCUGAAGCGCUCGAGUUUCUACUCUUUUUUUGAAAAAAAUCACCUCCAUUUUCUAUACAUCAUAAAGAAUGAAAAAUCUGUGCUAAUAUCAGGAAUAAUUUUUUAUCAGACAAAAAAAUCCUUGCAACAAAGGGCACUCAAUAUUAAAAACUGGGAGAUAGAAGAGGACGUGAGAUGAGGGUGAGUAAAUUUCUAAUUCAUCAAAUACUGUUUUUCCCCGGAGGGCUAUGUGUAGAGUUUCAAACGUCUGUUUUUAUGAAUUCCAAUAGCCUACAGUCUUCAAAUCCAUAGAGCCUAGUUUCACUAAGCCUUAAAGAUGGGAAGACAACACUCUAUUGACGUUUUACUAGAAGAGUGAAAGACAACUACUAAAGACUCUAUUGUUGGGUACAGAUGACUGACUUUCAUCUCAAAAAAUAAUUCCCCUUGGGGCUUUGUGGAGUUUACAUCGACCUCAAGUAGAUUCCCAAAAGUUGGCUUUUGAUGAAUUCCACUAACCUGCGGUUUUUAAAUCCCAAGAGCCAACCUUCAUUAAACCUGGAGGAUGGAAAGGCAAAGUUCUCUUGUCGCUCAGCUAGAAACGUGAAAAACAGCUAUUAAAUCGAGAUGACUGUGAUUCUCGUCUUGGAGCAUCUUCAGACGGUUGACCAACCAUUCUGAUUCCCCUCAGGUUAUACCUUCGUUGGUUGAAAGGUACUUUGUUCUUGAAGGAUUAGGUUAUGGCUAAAGUCUGAAAAGACUUCCUAUUUCUGGUUUGUUUCAGCAUCGUCACCUGGAUAGAAGCCUGACACUCUCCUCAACACAUCUUACUGAUCAAUAAUAUGCUCUGUGGAAAUACAUUUAUGCGACUAACUGCAUAUUUUGUCUCUAUUAUCCAGUAGGUUGAUUUUAUUUGUUUUUGUUGUUGCUCAUUGUAAAUUUCAAAAGUGUACAUGACCCACAUCAUGCUUACCAUUUCACCUUAUAAUGGAGGUAUGCACUAUAAGGAGAAAAAUGUCUGGUUGAGAAUCAGACAAAUCUACAGCGUCCAUAUGUGACAGAUUCUGAAUUGAGCAUGAAGAGUUACCCUUUCCCUUUCUGCAGAUGGGUCGAUUCCUGCAAUAAAACUGAGUGCAUACAGGCGCAGGCUGGGAUCCAGUUUUGAGGUAUUGAGGCCGAUUUCUCCAGAACUAUCUCUCAUUUUUCAACUGUCUUGAUUUGUUUACAUUUGAUAAAAAAAACACCAUGAACUCAAUAGGCUGCUGGGGAAGAACAAAAUUUCCAUAUUGUUCAUUCACUUCAGAGAAACAGAGGCUCUGAGUUUUCAUGUAUGAUAAAAGAGGCAAAAGCUUUGGGAAUGGCUUUUGGAAUCCCUUGCUUAGAUGGGUAAGCUUCACCAAACUUUACAAGAUUGCCUAGAUUCUUAUUAUUUUUUAUUUAUUUUUUUGGUUAGCAAAUAUUUUCAUUUGUUCUAUUUACCUUGACUGUUAUACGAGGGGAAUUUUUCACGACAAGAUGAUGUAAAAUAUCAUAACCAGUAGCUAUGUUACAUCAUCUAGCCGCCUGUGGUAGAGCACUUUGUCUGAAGACCUGUAGACCGUCAACUUAUUUUCCGGAUGAUAGUUUUUUUAAUAUUCUGCUGGUUCUAGAAGUACUGCACAUGGUCAUUGUUCCUAAUACUAUAUAAGAAGUGAAUGUAGCGAUUGAGGUACCACUAUCAAGAAAAAAACAUUACGAAUAAUGCCCCCUUUUUAUUAAUAGCCUACAUUUCAUUAUAUCCGCAUCCUACUGAGAAAUAAUGAAGAAAAUUCGUAACACUACAGGAUGUCCAACGUAUCAAAUAAACAAGUUAGCGUCGUAACACCUGUUUGCUAUCUUGAUUGUUUUUUUUCUUAAGACAAGCUUAUAAGCGAAACUACUAACUUUGAAUAUGAUUCCGAGGAUGAUUUUUUAAUUUGCACGCAGUCUCAAUUUAAGGAGGAAUCAUCUACUUUAUGAUUCCACAGGCAGGGUAGAUACUGAUUCGAUGUGUAAAGUAGAAAUUCUUCCCAUCAUCUCUUCUAGGAAAAUGGCAUAUAAACAAGUUAUAUAGUGCAUGAAUCCUUCAUUAUCUUGUAAGUACUUUUUCAAGUGAAACCUCUUAACUAAUUUCCAUGAUGGAACAAGUAGGUUGCAAAGGUUUUUCCAUUGGGACUGUUUUGUUCAAGGUUGCAGUGUUUGCUAAUAAACAAAAAAAUGAUGUUAGUUUUCAUCAACAGAUAGAUUUAAAAUGGCAUUCUUGUCUUCAUCAAACGUUGAUUGUAGAAAUAUUGUAGUGCCAUGAGGUGGUGUUUCUACCUUUUUAUCCGUAUUUGAUUUUUUUCUAAAAUGAGAAAGGGCUUUUCUGUCUUAUUUCAUCAGCGUUUGAUUCUGAUUUUGGGAACUUCCGCUGAUUAAGAAAGGGAAGAAAUAAUAUUAAUUCCCCUUACCAUACCUUCUUCUGGUGGAUAGAAUCUAAAGAUAACCCUUGUGAUUUUUUCCAAUUUGAGAAUUCGGGAGAAUUUUAUUUUAUAGAAAACGCUCGACUGAACUAACCAAAAACCUUGAUGUGGUUAUACUUAAAUUUUUUAUUUAAUAUUGAAUUUUUUUUGGCGAAAAUAUAACUUGAACAGAGUUGAGGAAGCAGAAGCCCAGUGUGCCUCUUUGAACUUGGGGAAUUUUUGUGUAAGUGGGUUUACUACUGUAUUCAAUAAUUUCAAUACAAAGUGCAGAGCUUUAAUUGCAACCAUCGUCUCCAGGAUGGAUGUUUCACUGCUGAUUCAGAUAUCUUCCUUUUUGGUGCAAGGAUUGUCUACAGGGACAUCAUCUUGGGUAACUGAAUUCCAUAAUUGAAACUUUAGUUUAGGACUGAGGGUUUUCAAAUGAAAGCACUGCUGAAUUUUCUUAUUUUCAUCGUUUAGGAGACAAUGGUUAUGUUAUUUGUUAUGACAUGGUGGAUAUAGAGCAAAAGCUUGGAUAUGGAAGGAACACAUUGGUAAGUUCUACUUUGCUUCCCAAAUCUUCUUGCAGCUGUGGCUCUUUGGCACGAACCCGACCGUAGUAUUUCCAUAACUGUAUCAAAUGAACUAGACGACAAGAUUUAUUAAUACGAUUCUGUUCCAUUGUACCUAUUGGACACAUUGGUGGCCAACAGUAGUUUCAAACUUUUAGCUCUGGAAGUAAGAACUUAGGCCUGGUUAUUCAUAGAAUUUUGUUUCCCAUUUGUUGGCAAUGGAAACAUUCCGAUUCAAACUAUGGUAGAUUAGAAUCUUCCUCAGUACAUCUAAUCCAUUUUGCUUGUGAUCGAAUUUUGCUUCAAACACUGCAUUAGACAACACAAGUUCCUAAUGUAACUUGACAUGUGUUAAAAAAAAUGCUCAUUUAUGAUAUAAUUUGUUCGUCUUUAUUAUCUUCACCAUCUCAUUAGUGAAUUUUUUGCCUGUUGUGGGUUUUAGUUGCCACCUGUUCCCAAAAAUGUCACUAGCCUUUUCAGUCGGUCGCAUAUUUUGAGCUCCUUAUCUAUUAUGACUAUCCUGGCAUAAUCAAUUUGUACUUUACUGUGGGAAAGACCGUAUCCUUAGGAGUUUUGCUCUUAGUUGGUCAGUUUCCUAUUUUUUUAGAGUUUCUUUAUUUCGUGACCCUUGUAUAUAUCUAGUAGACAUCUAUGAUGUGAAUAAUAAGCAGAUUUUUUUUCUACUAUAUAUCCUCCUAGGGUUUGCGUCAAUAUAUAGUUUCUGAUAAUUACGAUGGAUGUUUUACGUCUUUUUCCAAUGUAAAAUAUUUUAACCGAAUUGCUGUUAUCAGCCCUCGACUACUACCAGAGGAAAAUAAUACUUGAUUUCAAACUUGCUGACUUGUCAUCCCUAUCACCGCUACCUGAUUAUGCAACGUUGGCACACUUUUUUUUCAUACAGAUAACAUCUAGUGGGAUGAACACUGAUAUAAGGUUCAAAUCAUUGACUUACUGUUGCUAUGUCGUGCUUUUGCUUAUUAAAAUAACCAACCUGACUGGAUCUGAACAAGAAUUUCUUAAUUUUCCUGGAUUAUAUGCUUAUGCGGUUGUAUGCUAAUAUGCUUUGCUUAUAUGGUUGUAUGCUACAGAGCAGAUUUGUUGCUUUAAGGUUACGAUUCUCUGUUAACCAGACAUUUUUACCAUUACUAACGCCAAACUAUUUACUCAUGCGGCAUGUUUUGUAUUAUUCUCUUGAUAAUCACGUGGACAUAAGAAGGUACCUAAAUAUAUAAUUCCUUAGAAUCCGUACCACUCACUCCAUUCCUUGGCAUCUUCUCCUCUUGCAGCUUGUCUGUAAGUCCUAUUGCCUGGCAGCUUAAACUAAACUUUUUACCUUUUCACUAUAUAGAAGUGAAGGCAAACCCAUGUGAUGCUAAGAUUAAUUUAUGUGAAUCUAUCAUAACACCUGGAUUAAAAAUUAUGAGUCCUAUGUUCACUUCAUCUUGCAAUAUAAUGUUUUAGUUUACUAUAGAAAAUCUUAGAAGGCGUCACCCCUUCUAUUUAUUUUUUUACAUAGGAGGAUAUGGAAACGUUGGUUUAUGGCAUCUGUCUACUUGAUAAUUACAGACGUGUAACGAUGUCUUUAGCUGAUUUUCCCAGAUUUCUUUGGCCGUCCUUCUCGGUAGUGACUAUUAUCAAGGAGUACGUGGGUUUGGGCCAGUAAGUUCUGUUUAACAUGAUGUUUGAUGCGAAAUGAUAAAGAACGGUAUUUUAUUUUUUUCCUGCUCCUUCUGAUCCUAUCCUUCUUAAUUGGGAUAAUUCAUGAUGCAGGAAACAGCAUGUCAGCUAGUUAAAUCAAUAGGAGAUGAUACCAUUCUUGAGAGGAUUAUAUCAGGGAAACUUACAUUUAUGAAGGUGACACAAAGGACCAAGAAGAAGGGCAAGGCAUUCAUGUGCCAUACUAACAAUAAUCAGAAUUCAGAGAAUGUGCGAAAUUUAGGUCAAGACUCUAUAAAAGUGCUUUAAAUUCUAAAUUGGUCUUGUUUUGGUGACUCCCGUGUUGCCUCGAAAAGCAUUUUAUAACUUUAGCGCGUAGUUAGAUUCAUGUAGUUGAGAAUGAAUCCUUUAAAAUGAGAUAAUUUGCCUUAAUUAAUAAUUGUUUAUCUAUUCAUAUCCCGCUUACCACUCUCAAAUUUUGAUACAUGUGACACAGCAUUUGAUCUCUGGUAGUUCACAUAUGUUGACGAUACGGCUCAGCGACUUGUCUCAUUGUAAUUUCGAUAUCCAUAUUCCGUCUUGUUUUCUUGAGUAUCAUCUUUCUCAAACUAGAUUAUGACAACAUCAAAUCCCAUUUUCACUGAACACAAAGGAUGGAAUCAAUCUUUCCCGUUGAGAGGGUCGAAUAUUAGGAUCAUUUAUUACAGAGUAUUCACAAUUUUGAUUUGAAAUAAUCUGUCGUCCUGAUCUCUGUUAUCAGGGUCUUAAGUCUUUCUCAUUCGCUGCCAUCAUUUCAUUUUGGUUGAUACUUGUCCUCUGGCGUUCUCACAGGCAGAGAAUGCCACGAAUUGAGUGAUCAGUUCCUAGAAGUGAUUCAUGCAUAUUUGAAGCCAAAAUGCCAUUCCCCAGACUCAGAGGCAGUUAAAAGGUAAAACAGUACUAUAUCAUAUGGACUCGUUUUUUAUCAAUUAACUAUAAAGAGAAUGCUGUGGUAAAAUCCAUCUCGGGGCUAUUUCUUUCCACACCUUGAUGAUAUUUGUCAGCUGGGUGGUGAAUCAACGCAAAUCUCACUUUUUUACUCUUCAAUGCUUUAAUUUUCCUGCUGGAAGAUUUUGCUCUCAGCUCCUGCCACACACCCUAUUUCCUAUGAUCUGAUGUUCCCUGCUGCUAAACGCGAGAACAGGGUUUGUGGGUCUGUCGGCUCCAUCCAUCCUCCUCCAUUGACGAGGUUUCCAUGUGAUCCAUGGCUUCUGCUGGCGUUCCUGGGGUGGCAUGUGCUCUGGUUUGACUUUGACUGGGUGAUGCAUGCAGCCAGGUCAAUGUGGUCUGGUUUGACUUUGACUGGGUGAUGCAUGCAACCAGGUCAACUGGGUUUCCCAAAUGAGGCGUAGGUGAGCAAUCCAGUGUCUGACCGCUGACUCUGCCAUCCUCUCCAAACAGAAGGUCAACCUUAGGUUGCAGAAACUACGGCUUGUUUCGACCUCAUUACUCAGUACCCAUGGUGGAACCUGCCUCACUCUGAGCCUUAUUCUCCACUUGGCCUGCUAUAAUCUUGAGCCGAGGAAACUACAUGAAACAUCCAGAUUUAUUCUUGUGGCCCGAUUGGUCAACCCCGAGGUCGCCUGAUUUAUUCCUCCUGCCCUCUCAGAUUGCUUUCUCACCUCCCAUUUCGCCAAUCUCUGCUUCAAGAAAUAUGUGAGACGCAUUUCCACUGGGAUUCUGACAAGACAGGUGAGUUGACAUCUGCUCUGAACAUCUUCUUCCAUCUGUUUCAUUAAGACUUUCAUAUCAAUUACCCCCCCCCACCCCCUUGAGCAUACGAACUACGAUAUCAAGUCCUCUCCUUGCAUUGCCUCAGACCGGUACAUCCUCCCCAAGAUCGCCGAGAGGAACCUCCGGAUCUUCGCCAACUUCCGCGCCACCUCCGAGGAUCUGGGCGUUCGGAUCCCUCUGCAUGAGGUGAGUUCUUUAACCCAUGAACCAUUUUAUCAGGCUCUCGCAAUUCUUCCUCAGAUGAAUCUGCUCCAGAUGCCCAUCGCUUACCCGCCCUUCGCCAUCGUCAAGGAGAGGAGGCUGCUUGGAAGAGCGUGCUUCGAGGUCUCUUGGCAGGGCUUCGACAGGCCCCUCACAUCCACCGUGCCUGCUGAUCUCGUGAAGAGGUGAGACGAAAUCUGAUAGUUCUAUGUUUCAUCCCAUGUUCUUUGCAAGAACAGACGGAUGAACAUGAUCAGAUCCCUCGGCUAAAUGGUUCGUUCCUUCCUUCAUUCCUCCUGUUGGACAGUGCCUGCCCCGAGAUGGUGGCCGAGUUCAUGGCGAAGAAAGAAGAAGACAGGAGGCAGAAGAGAAGGCCCAGGCCGAAGCCCGCCGAGGGAGCGCCGCCACUCGCCGGCGGCGUCGAUCUCCAGCUCCUAGCGCUGUCGCUGACCGAAGAGCAAGAGAACGGGCCCUCCGACUCGGAGAGACGGGACCAGCCGGCGGCGCUGGUUGACCUCUCCACCCCAUCGCCGCCGCUCCGCCUUCGCAAGCUUGCGAAGCAACGAGGCGCCUCCGGUCAGCUCGCCGGCGCCAUCGACAUCGACUCCUCCGACUCGUCGCCGGAGAAGGCGGAUGGAGAUCCCUCGAGCCGCCAUUCUGAGCUCGUGGAUGCGACGACUCCGCCGCCGCCGCCGUGGGAAGGAGAAUGCGACGGGAAGCAAGUCAACGGUGGCGGGUCGGAGGAAGAUCAACGGGUCGCCGUGAUUGACAUCGUGGACUCCGAGAGCGACGCCUCGCCGGAGAACCGACGCAAGGCGAGUGACCAACUUUAUGAGAGCGUCGAUGGGGAUUUAUAUUAA